ACCAAAAAUGGUUUCUCUCUCACAUUUCUUGGCUGUGCUACUCUCCGCAUCCGUCUUCUUCUUUUUCCUCCAAAAAUGGCGCCGCAGCAACUCUCCGAAGCCCCGGGGAAAGCUUCCACCUUCUCCAGCAAAGCUCCCGCUAAUCGGAAACCUCCAUCAGCUGGGCUCAGCCCCCCACAGAUCCCUCCAAUCACUCUCACGCCGCUACGGCCCCCUCAUGCUGCUCCACUUCGGCAAGGUCCCCGUUCUCAUCGCCUCCUCGGCUGAGGCGGCACGUGAGAUCAUGAAAAAACAGGACCUGAUCUUCUCAAACCGGCCCCAACUCAGCAUCGCGAACCGGCUGUUCUACAACAACCGGGAUGUGGCGUUCGCACCGUAUGGAGAACUCUGGCGGAAGAACCGCAGCAUAUGCGUGCUUCAUCUUCUGAGCAGCAAAAGGGUUCAGUCCUAUCGCUGCGUAAGGGAGGAAGAGACUUCCCUCAUGGUCGACAAGAUCAGAAGGUUGGGUGCUUCUUCAAAACCCGUGAACUUGAGCGACGUCAUGGCGUCGCUGACGAACGACGUGAUCAGCAGAGUGGCCCUGGGGAGGAAGUAUGGUUUAGGGAGUGAAUUCAGGAAGACGUUUGCUGAGUUUGGGGUGCUGUUGGGGGUUUUACCUUUGUGGGAAUACAUUCCAUGUUUGAGUUGGACUAGAAGGUUUGAUGGUUUGGAUAAGAGAGUAGAAAGAGUGGCUAAGGAGAUCGAUAAGUUUCUGGAAUCUGUGCUUCAAGAACAUCGGGUUAGAGAGAGGAGAGAGGAUGAUGGUGGUGAGCUGGAUUUUGUGGACAUAUUGCUUGAUUUUCAGAGAGAGAAUGCAAGUCUCGCCCCUAUUGAAGAUGACACUAUCAAAGCUAUCGUUUUGAAUAUGUUUGGUGCGGGAACUGAUACUACAUUUACAGCUCUUGAGUGGGCGAUGGCAGAGCUCAUACGAAAUCCAGAAGCCAUGAAAACUUUGCAAAAUGAAGUGAGAGAAGUAGCUGGAAGUAAGGAUGAAAUUUAUGAGCAAGACUUGGAGAAAAUGCCUUAUCUAAAAGCAGUGAUGAAGGAGAGUCUAAGGUUGCAUUCGCCGAUCCCAUUGUUGGUCCCUCAUGAAUUAACUCAAGACACAAGAGUAUUGGGCUAUGACGUCGCAUCUGGUACGCGUGUGAUGAUUAAUGUUUGGGCGAUUUCUAGGGAUCCUUCAUUGUGGAAAUAUCCUGAGGAAUUUCGCCCAGAGAGAUUCCUUGAGUCGAGUAUAGACUUUAGAGGUCUGCAUUUUGAGUUGACUCCGUUUGGGGCAGGCAGGAGGGGUUGCCCGGGUAUUACAUUCGCGGUGGCGGUGGAUGAGCUUGCCUUAGCCAAGUUGGUACACAAGUUUGAUUUUAGAUUGCCUAAUAGACCGAAAAUGAAGGAGUUAGAUGUAAGUGAAUCCAGUGGAAGCACAAUCCAUAAAAAGUGUCCUUUGAUUGUUGUAGCGGCUCCACAUGUAUUUUAAGUAAAACAAUGUGAAUAUUUUAAAAAUCGGACUGGAUCAAUCGGUUCAAUUGUGAAUUGACAUGUUGCCCAGUCCGAUUUAGACACGAAGAAUGCCUAAUAACCAACUUGUACAAGAAAAACUGGUAUUGCAAUUAUAUUGCAUAUGCAAUUAUACUAUAA